CUCGGGAAAGAACAUCAGAACAAAGAUAGCGAGUGUGUGAGCUGAGAUAAACCUCCGAGAAUACGCGUACUCUGUUAAAAUUAUAAAUAUUGAAUAAUAUAAUAAAAGAUAUACAGUAUGCACGUACUAUAUAAGUAUUGUUGUCAUUGUCGUUAAAUAUUAAUAUGCCUUUACAUAUGCAUAUGUAUGAAUGAACGAAAGUGAAUAUAAAAGCGAUUUUAUGAAAAUGUUAUUUGUUAAAAAUGCCAGAUAAACAAAAAAAUAAUACCGAAUACUUCGAGUUUAUAGCUUAAUCAGUUUUAGAAGAAAGUCUGAAAUGUAUGUAUAGUAAUUAAAAUUCAGAGCACAAAAAGUCGGCUAUAUUAUGACAAUGUGUGUAAUAAGUAUUUAAUUAAAAUUAAAAACUGGUUUAGCUUUAGAGUAUACCCUUUGUACCAACUGAAAAUAUAGUAUGAAAUCGAUCAAAUUAAUUUCACAGCAAGAUUUGCUCUAAGGAAGAAAUAAGUUUUGUUAACCGUAUAUAUGCAUACCCACAAAGAAAAACCUAAAUAAAUAUGUAUUUACUCUCAACCCGUAUACGAAUUAAUGAAAUUUAAUUGAUGACACAAAAAAUUAAUUGAAUAAAAAAUAUACAUACCGUCUCAAGUGGACUUGAAGAAAACAAUUAACGCGCUGGUAUCUACCGAAAAUUUUAAGAUUUCUGGCAUAAAAACUAGCUUUGGGAAUCUUCUUGAGAAUGUGUUUGUGAAUAAGGUCACACCUAUAAUGAAUGAACUAAAUCAUGCAUACAGUAAACGCUAUGACGGUUUCUUGUGAUAAAAAUUAAAUACUCUGAAUAACCAAACUGGAGGGAGGAGUGGAUCAUCACUGCAAGUAUACGUAAUAUUGUAUAUCAUAACACAAGAGCAAUUAAUAAUGAGUACUAAUGUUGGUGUGCGGGCGCGACUACAUACUAUUUGUCGCAUAUCCUGCACAUGUACAAACACAUUUGACGGAAUUUCAUUGACAUCAAUAAUGAAUUCAUUUCACUGGCUGUUAAUAAUCUUAUUGUUGGUUAGUUGUGAUAUGUGCAAAUCAAAUGAAUAUCCAGUGACAAGCAAAUCAGUAACUGCAAUUGGCGGCACAAACAGUAACGAGAAAAUAACGCAUGAUACUACAAAUCUGUUCGAUGCGCACGGGGAACAGAAAAUAAGUUCUGCAACUGAAUAUGGCAUAAGUCAAAAAGUAAUAAUCUUUGAUACAACAAAUAUCAAAAAUGUUACAAUUAUAAAUGUAACAGACGAGUGUAUGGAACACUGCAACCUGGAGGCAGAUAAUUAUUUCAAUGAAUACGGAUUGGAUUGUGUUGCAAAAUACGGGAGCCCCGUAUGCUUCAAAAAACGAUGCAUAAAAGGAUGUGAACAAUGGAUUGAAGCAUUACAAAACUCUGAGCCUUGCCAGGAAAUAUGUGUUUCAACGCAACUACAUAGCCUUGAUUUGCCAUGCACAUUUGCUUGUGAGAUGGGUCAAAGGCGAUACUGGGACCACCUAAAGGAAAUGGUAGAAGCAAAAAUAAACCGUGAAAUUCCUUAUAUAAAAAUGACAAAUAACACAGAUGAUUUUACUUUGAUUUGGGAUAUUUUGUUGCCUGAUUUCUUUUUCACGAGCGACCAGUUUAGCAUAUACAUACAAUACCAAUAUGAUAAAGAAAACAUUUCCGAGCCGCAAACUUGGAAAAACGUUGCAAAUUUUGAUUGCAACAGACACUUCGUGUGCGAAAUACUCAAUGAUCUGAUUCCUUUUACCGUUUAUAGGUUUCGUUUCAAAUUGAAAUUUGGAAAAAAUACAAAUCAAAUUUUAUAUUCGCCUCCAGCUAAGCCAUUUAAAACCAAAGCCAAAGGUGUUCCGCUUUCGAAACCACUUUUGAAACAAGCAAUUGGUUUAGAUCACAAUCAUAUCAGUAUCAUUUGGGAACCUGGUAUUUUUACUUGUGGGCCUUUAAAAGGUUAUAUAUUAACUUUGGAGAACACAAAUUCAUCACAAAAGCAGAUAUUGCAGCACGACAAACAAAGUUUUGUUUUUUCUCAUUUGCUACCAGCUACGAAAUACUCUAUAAAGCUAUCCAUGCUAAAUUCAGAGGGAGAAGGUAGUUUUGUUGAAACAUUUGUUCAAACAAAAGCUGCGCCUCUAUAUGGAAAUUCUGAGAACAUUGAUCUAGUGCUUUUAGCUGGAGAAUAUAGUAUUAGAGUUAAAAGUUUAGAAUCAUUACCAGACUCUAAACUGGUUUUCGAAAGUGAAUAUCUCAUAACAGAUUACGCGCUUUACUCAUCUUUUGGGGAGUACAUUGUCUAUAUUAUAGAUUCUUCGGGAAAUAUUAUAAAAGUUCCAUGGAAUGAUGAAAAACAAAGUGGAGCAAUUCCCACUUUAGACAAAUUUACUGAAUUUAAACCGAUGAAAAUUAGCGUAGAUUGGUUAAAUAAAAUGCUUUUCAUAGCGGUCCAGAUGUCUAUUGCUGAGUGGGCGAUUAUUUCUACGAAUUUAGAUGGGCACUUUAAUAAUUUUUUAACCAGAAAUAUAACAAAGCCAAUCGAUCACAUAGAAGUAGAUCCCAUUAAUGGUUGGUUAUUUUGGACCAAUAACGGCAGCCUUCUUCGAACAAAUCUCGCUAAUAAUUACUCAGAAAUUAUAAUUAAGAAGAAUGUUGCUACAUUUUCUAACAAUUAUCAAAGCAAUUUAAUAAUAUUUUAUAACACAAGUGAUCACGAAUUAUAUGAAAGCACUUUUGAUGGAGAAUAUAUUCAGAAACUUCCUUCCAUAUUACCCACUAGCAUGCCCCAAAUUCAAAGUUUUUGGUACAAUGGAAUUCAUCUACUGAGUACAAAUGGUACACAUCUAUUGAGGAAGAACUACAAUGCAAAUGAAUACGAUAUAUCGAUUGUGAAAGAGUUGGAAUGGUGUUGGAGUGUUUCGCCACUGGCACGAAAGGGACAAACAAGUUUUAUACAAACACAACCAAUCCUAGAGAAAAGCCCGGAAAACUUGACCGCUUUUGUCACUUCUAAUAUAGCGAAAAUUGUUUGGAAUGAACCGAAGCUAACUGAAUACCAGACGGAAUAUGCCUGGCGCAAGUGGGAUUAUGAGCUUGAAAUUAUGGACUUAGCAAGUAAUAGCGCUUUUAAUAUACGCAAUAUAAAGACAAAUUAUUUCAAUGUGCAAAAAUUACAACCGAACAAUGUGUAUAAGUUCCGUGUACGUACAGUUCUUGGUGGUAAAAUGGGCUUGUGGUCUAAAGCAUUGUUGACACGUACUUGGCCCUUUGGGGAGUAUACAUUUUUAGCGGCAAACCUUAAUGGUAUAUAUGAAAUUAAUGAAACCGGUGAGCAUGUAGAGCAGGUCGGUCAAAUGGAAAACGUAAAAGAUUUUGUGCAGUUGAAUGCAACAGUAUACUACAUUACCGAGGACAAUCGCUUGCAAUGUGCGAACAUCAUAAAUCCUGAGAUGAAUUGCUCAUUUACAGCCUCAAAUGCGAUUAGCUUGUCAUAUGAGUGGCGAGGUGGAAAAAUGUAUUGGGUAGAUUCACUGAGAUAUUGUGUGAAGAGAGCGAACUUAGAUGGAAGCCAGCAAGAGAUGCUGCCCAUAUUCGGUGCUCAGUAUAUUGAAGUAGAUUCGUAUAACGGCCAAAUUUACUACUCAACAAGAACGAGAUUAGUGAGACGAUUUUUAGGUGACACGCUUGACACAGAUGAAUAUGAAUAUUACCAUACCAGCGCAUACGAAGAUAUAAUAAGUGGCUUUGCCUUGGAUUUCAUAGCGAAACGGCUGUUUUGGAUUGUUCGGAAAGACGAUGGUAACGUUCAGCUAUUCCGCAUUAGCACUGACAUGUUUGCAGAUGAUUUGCAAUACAACAUAUUAGAAAAUGAUAUUCAAAUGGGCUCCUUAAGCUUUAUACAUGAAAUUGAUAGUCUUAUUUGGUUGCCAACAAAUUCAAAUGCAAUUAAUUUCGCAAGAGAAGACAAUUUAACCAAUGAAAUGCAAAUUCAACUUAUUCAGCUAAUAAAAAUAUAUUGCAUUCAUUUGAAGUCAAAUUAUAUUCCUUCAAAUGAUUUGUCAGUUGUUCCUAAAGCAGUUGAUUUCAAAAGUAUUCGCAUUAACCAAGAUUAUACCAAUGAAUGGAUUAUCAGAUGGCACCCAGUUAAUACUUCGGAAAAUUAUGCAAUAUUCUACAACAUUAUUUUACAAUUUAAUAAUUCUAAUUACCAAAGAGAUGUAAUUUAUAAGACUAAUGAAUCGUACAUAAGAAUAGAUAAAACACUUACAAUAGAGACAGAUUUUAAUAUUUCUAUAACACCAUUCACAUACUGGAGCUUUGGUCCAACCGCGAUUACACCACUUUUUGUUCCAAGUACUAGUAUAUCCCCUCCAAAGGGAAUGCGAAUUUUUAUUCUGCAUUUCAAUGACCCACUUGAGACUAAUAGCAAUAUUACUGCAAUAAUUCGUUGGGAAUCUCCGGAAAAUGUACAAUCCAUUUCCAAAAUAGGAUACAAAAUAUAUUGCUGGCUUGGAGAGAAGCUGCAUGCCGCCAAAAUAUAUAAUUCGAGUAACGAAGGAUUCUUUGAAACAUCAAUAGACGGUCUGCACAUAGGAGAGUCUUAUGUAUUUCAAGUGCAAUCUUUUAUAUUGGGAAUUGAUAAACAAGGGCAGAAUAGUACACUUCUACUUGAUAUUAAACCAGAACUUCAAUCAAUACCCAUCUUUCUAUAUGCUACAAGUGAAUUUAUUGCAGAAUACGAUCUGGAUUUGAAUAUGAAGAAAGUAUUAAUACGAACCAGCAGUCAAGUGGAGCAUUUGGCAGUUAUGUCAAGCGAAAGACGCAUAUUGUGGGUAAAUGAAAAUGUUGAGCUAAUUUCGUUUACACCUGGUUUAAAACCAAUGAAAUUAGCUAGAAUGCGAGCUGAAGUGCUGUCUUUGACUGUCGACUGGAUACAACGGAUUGUAUACUGGGCUGAAUUGGAUACAGAUGAUAAAUACACUGUUUCCAUAUAUCAAAUAGAUUUGUGUCAGUUUGAAGGAAAAGUAAUGACACCGAAUAAAUUAAUUACUCUCGACAGAGGAAAGAAUGUGAGAGACCUCAUGAUAAUGCCUUUUUUGAAUAUUCUUCUUUGGCUUGAACGGGAUACGGAAACAAAUAUUACUACUCUUGUUGGUCGAAUUUUGAGUAAUUCCACUUUCAUAGAUUUUGAUACCACAUCCGUUCACAAAAUGUUUGUGUCGUCACCUGUGUCAGUUAGCCUUGUAGAUAAGAGUGGAAGUAUUUGCAUUUACGAUAUUUUAAAGCGUCAAUGUAGUCAUCAUAUUCAUUCAGAUCUGAGAAACCCAGAGGAAAUAAUUAACAUAGACAGAGAUGGCAAUCAUAUAUAUAUGCUGGAAAAGGAAAAAGUAUAUUCUUAUAAUGUCCAAAAACAAAAUUUUGAAUAUCAAGUAAACAUUGAAAACAUAAAACAUGUUAAAGCAUAUAACUAUCAACAUUUUCCAGACAGCAGGUGCCUUUUGCCGGAUUAUGAGGUGUUAUUAAAAAAUAAGCAAUUGUUAAACCCAAAAAUAAUUGAUGUGGGUGAAAACUAUUUGACAAUGACUUUUCCAAACCUGUAUGAAUCUGAAAACUGUAAAGUAAAAGUACCUGGAAUAAAAAACACUUUGUGGAUUACCGAUAAUGACAAAAUGUCGCGUAGUCAAACAACAUUAGAAAACAGUCUAAAUGUAACCAAUAUUAUGCCAUUUACCAAUUACACAAUACAAUUGUCUAUAUCAUCUUAUUAUCAAAGGAAACUCAAAAUAGAUGAAUGGUAUUCUGAUGUUAUGACCGUACUCACAGAUGUAGGUACACCUUCUAUACCUCUAAAUUUUACGGCACAUGCUUUAAAUCCCACACAAAUUUAUAUAAUGUGGAAUCCUCCGGAACGACCUAAUUGUGAGAAAGUAUGGUAUGUACUACAUUGGCAAGAUACGAUCUUUGGUGAAGAGGCAUACAAACAGGUUAAUAGUCUAAAUUAUUUAGUUACGAAUUUAGAAUCUUCUCGAGAAUAUAAACUUUGGUUAAAAAUUUUUUCAACCGAUGCCAAAUUCAACACCACACCUUCCGUCAUAGUAAAGACAUUUGAAACUCCUUCUCGAAUUUGGCUAGUGAAAAGAUCUGCUCACAACUUGACUUUAAGUUGGGUUACCUCGGAUAACGUUUCUAGGUCGGUUCUAGCUUGCCAAGAAGUAAAUGGCAACAAUGAGUUCAGUAUAGAUAUUACAGAAGAUUCUUCUUCAAUACUUGUGCCCAAUUUAGACCCAAAAACGAAAUAUCAAUUUUUCCUUGAAAUAUUCUAUGGAAAUCUUGUAGAUCCUUAUAUAUGGCCAGAAGUACCUAAUGAAUACUUCAUUUAUGAAACCCUGGGUGCAUCUCCUGGGCGGCCAGGUCAACCGCAGAUCGAACAUACCAUAAGUGAUGUGUUUAGAAUAUUUUGGGACGCAGCUCCAAGUAAUGGGGAAUUAAUAAUAGAAUAUUCUCUGGAGGCGUUACAAGCUCGUAAAACCAAACGCAUAAGAAGAAGCCAAGUCACAAACAUAAACUAUACAAAUAAUUCAGUAGACAGUUUCAAUCAAAUGCUUUGGGCCGAAGAACCUAGUCCAAUUGAAGAUAAAUGGAUACUUGCAUGUAGUACAACCGAAUUGAGUUGCAUUAUACGAGAAAUUUAUAUACAGAGGCUUUUGAUGUUCCGAGUGCGGGCAAGAAACGAAUUAUAUGGUUGGGGUCCAUAUAGCUUGGAUAGUGAACGAAUUUCAGAACCUUUUGUUUCACCAGAAAAAAGGGAUUCACUGGUAUUGGCUAUCAUAACUCCGGCAGCUAUUGUUUCCACAUUUGUGCUCAUUUUGAUCCUGUUACGCACAUUACAAGUUAGACGACAAAAAGCAAAAAAAUUGCUUGAAAAAAGCCGUCCAAGCAUAUGGAGCAAUAUGUCUACGCUGCAGCACCAGCAACUUAUGUCAUCACGUAAUAGAGCAUUUUCUACCACAAGCCAUUCGACAUUAUACACUGGUGGUCCUCUGAGUGAUGCCGAUAUCGCCCUUUUGCCUCACAUUAGUUGGAGUCAAAUAACAAUAUUACAUUUUUUGGGAAGUGGGGCAUUUGGUGAAGUGUAUGAAGGAUUAAUAAACUAUGAAAAUAGUGAUCAACAAGAAAAAGUUGCUAUUAAAAGCCUACGAAAAGGUGCUAGCGAAUUUGCUGAACUUCUGCAGGAAGCUCAAUUAAUGAGCAACUUCAAACACGAAAAUAUUGUCCAACUUAUUGGAGUUUGCUUUGACACUGAGUCUAUAUCUAUAAUAAUGGAGCAUAUGGAAGGUGGAGACUUACUGACUUAUCUACGCAACUCAAGGCCGAACUCUAAGAGGCCUGUGGCUUCACUGAAACUCUUAGACUUAACUUCGAUGUGUAUUGACGUAUGUAAAGGUUGUAGUUAUUUAGAAGAUAUGCAUUUUGUACACCGCGACCUCGCUUGCCGUAACUGCUUGGUAUCUUCCAAAGAUCCAAGUAAACGUAUGGUGAAAAUUGGCGAUUUUGGAUUAGCUCGUGACAUAUAUAAAAGUGACUAUUAUCGUAAAGAAGGCGAAGGACUUUUGCCAGUUCGAUGGAUGUCUCCAGAAAGUUUAAUCGAUGGCAUUUUCACAACACAUUCUGAUGUGUGGGCUUUUGCUGUGCUAUGUUGGGAGAUAUUUACUUUAGGCCAACAGCCUUAUGCUGCGAGAAAUAACUAUGAAGUCCUAAAUUAUGUAAAGGACGGUGGAAGACUAGAGAAACCUGAUAAUUGUCCCGAAGAACUGUUUACUUUAUUGUUACAAUGUUGGUGUAAACAGCCGGAAGAUCGACCAUCGUUUGGAACAUGUGUUAUAGAACUAUUUAAAAUUAAAACGGAGUUACGACGAAUUAAUUUGGGCUUUACAAAUGAUAGCUCUGAUAACUCUUUAUACGCUAAUCGUGAAGAAAGCUGUUCGUCUACAUUGCCAAUGAGCACGGUUCCAAAAGGAAAGUCUUUGAAUAUUCCAUCUGAAUCAGUAUAUUUCGGAAAAUUCUUAAAUGACAAUGUAAACCUGUCAACGCAGUUGGAAACAUUUUAUCAAGACGUUGAUAUAGAAACGAUAUCUGAUGAUUCUCAAUUAAUCGAAACAGAAAUAGAAGCAAUCAAUUCUGGUAUGACUUCUCAAAUGAAUGAAGGCAUAUCAAGAUUAUGAAAAGCCGUCCAAAAGAUGCCAUUUAAUGAAUAUAAGUAUUUACGAUUGAAAAUCGAUUUAUCCUAUUAUCAAUAAAGAACUGACGAAAACUUAUAUAUGCGUGGUUUAUAUACCGCAUAAUUUUUAAAUUUAAUACCAGCUUUAUUCUGAUUUGCUAUUCUUUGCAAAUGCAAAGUUAUCGAUUUGGAAAUAUUUAUUUGCCGUCUCCAAAUGGUUAAUGAAAUAAUAAUAACAGAAAUAUGUGCAUAAUCGAAGAUUUGGCAGUGCCUCCCGAAAAGCAAACAAUGUUAAUCAACGUUAUUAAAAUAAUAAGUUAUAUACAAUUAACAAUUAAAAUUCCAUUUAUAUUAAACUACUUUUGAGGUAUUUAAAAAUAAUAUGAUUAAGGGUUAAAUAUCUGAUCAAAAUAA